UGAAAACGGGACAGACACUGUGUGCUAGUUAGGCUAGGCUAGGCUAGGCUGGGCUAGACUAGGUUGGGCUAGGCUAGGCUAAAGUUGGCUAACGGAGGACAAGUUUGCACUCCUCGCAUUAAGGAUCAUGUCCACCGUUGUCGGAUUAGAGAAGCCUACUGAGGAGGGGAGUGAUACCUUAGAGGAGGAAAGUACGUCUGCCGUCCCUGAGCUCAGACUAGUGCUCAUUGGUCGAACUGGCUCAGGAAAGAGUGCCUCAGGGAACACCAUCCUGGGACGACGUCACUUCCUGUCUGAGCUGAGAGCGAGCUCGGUGACACAAGUGUGUGAGCUGGGCAGCAUGCAGUUGCCUGAGGAUGAGUAUGAUGAAGACUCCUGCAGGAGGAAGACUGUGGUCGUGGUGGACAUGCCGGGGUUUGGAGACACACGGUUGUUGCCGGGUGACGUACACGAUGAAAUCACCAAGUGUGUGACGCUGAGCGCGCCCGGGCCACACGCCUUCCUGCUGGUCGUCCCACUCGGCCGUUACACACAGGACGAGCAGCGAGCCGCCCAACAGAUGCAGCGUGUAUUCGGGGAGGAGGCUCUACAGCGCCACACGCUGGUACUGUUCACCCGUGGAGAUGAUCUGGAGGAGGGCGGAGGAGGGAUUGAGGGGUUUCUGGGUGGGGCUGCUCCGGAGGAGCUCAGAGCUCUACUCCAGACCUGCAGGGGUAGAUACCACGUUCUGAACAACAAGCAACCGGGGAACAGGGGGCAGGUGAGGGCGCUGCUCAGAAAGGUGGAGAAGAUGGUGGCACAGAACGGGGGGCGGUGCUACACCAGCACCAUGUACCAGGAGGCGGAGCUUGCCAUCCGAGAGGAGCAGAAGAGACUGAUGAGAGAGAGAGGGGAGAGAUGUGGGGAAGAGGAGGAGGAGAAGGAGGAGGAGAGCACAGAUGAAGGGGUGACAUCAGCAAAGAGAAAGAGGAUGGGCCUGGGGGAGGGGUGGAGAAAGGGAGACAUAGGAUUGGGGAGGAGAGAGCUGGAGGAGAGGCGGGAUGAGGAUGGAGAGGAGGAGAGGAGGAGGGAGGAGCAAGGGGAAGAUGACAGAACGUGUGAGGGGCGAGGUCUGCUGCAGGAGAGGGGGCAAGGAGGGUGGGAGCAGGGGAGGGAGAGAGGGAGAAAGAGGAGUAACAGGGAAGGUAGGUCACACCUGCUCCCCUCAGUGCUCCCGUUCCGGAAAGAAGCGGCGCUCUCGAGGAAAGUUCUAAAGAGGGUGAAGGUGUUUGUGGCUGCCAGUGCUACAGGCAUGGCAGUAGGGGCAGCUCUCGGAGCCGCUGCCCCUCUGGCUGUGGCGGCAGGAGCCUCAGUGAUGGGUGGGUCAGUGGGGCUGGUGGCAGCCCAGCUGGCUGAGGUUUCUGUGGCCAGCAGCGCUGGGGUGGGGAAAGCUCUUGGGGUGAUUGUAGCCGCCACGACCGGAAAAACAGCUUUAGCUGUAGGGGCGGCCACGGGUGGGGCACUGGGAGGGGCUAUGGGGGCUUGGGCUGGGGCAGAAACAGCAUCACCUGGGGCAGCUGCACUGGAGGCCCUGGAGCAGGUGGCGGUGAUGGGGGCUACAGCUGUGGGCAUGGCUGCAGGAGUGGGAGGGGUGUUGGGGGCAGGAGCAGUCGUGGGGGCUGUACUUGAGGGCGGGGCAGUUGGUGCUGCGUUAACUGGAGCUGAAACUUCAUCAGGGGCAGCCAGCAUCACUAAAGCUGCAGCAGAAACCGUGCUGCAGGAAGUGGCCACCGGGGGCAGUGUUGCAGGUGCUGUGCCGACAGCAGGGGGCACUGUGGUGGAAGGGGCAGCUGCCUGCAGCAGUCAGAGUGCCGUAGCUGGAAGUGGGUUAACAAGCGCUCUAGACACGGUGGGAACGACCUCACGGAUUUUAACGGCAGUAGCGGAGAUCGGCAAGGCAGCAGUAGGGAUCGCGCUGGCCGGGAAACUCGUGGUCAAGGUCGUGAAGGAGAAGGUUCGCUCAGCAACCAGCAGCAGCACAGAGAACAGCUACUCAGAAAAAAACUCCUACGAGAUCCACUGGAACAGCUCCCAGUCGUGA